AUGACGUUGUGCAAAACGCUGUGUGUCACAGAUGAGACAUGCUCCGAGAGCUCGGGCAGCUUGCGGGCGAGGUCCGAGUGCCCGGCCUCACGGUCGAUCGGCAGGCCGUCGUCUUCGGGCACGCAGUCGCGCCCAGGGGCCAAAACUGCGGCGCUGAGCCACCGACGAAGCAACGAUCGUCAGCCGACGCCGACCUCUGAAGGCCCAGCUGCUGCACUCCCGGCGGCGAGCCGAACACUUCGCCCGGCGCCCUCGACGAAUACCGGCCGCGACAUUCGCUCUACCGACGAGGCGAGGAGCACCGCGACGAACGCUCGCCCUGCCCAGAGAGCAGCCGAUGACGUAGCCGACAAGACGGUACACGCUGAAGGCACGUCCGCCCGAGGUCUCCCUUCGUCCCUCGAAGCCGCCAAGGAAGCGGCGGUCAGAAGAUCCUCUGACCCCGCCACAGUUCAACGUGCGACGCCUCGAGCCGGCCUCGUCGCAGCCAGAACGUCGGUGGACAACCGCGGGCAGCCCGGUGGUGGCCCGCCGACCGGGUCCGAGGUGCUGUCGCAGCGCUUGACCAUACCCAGCUUUUUCGAGCAGCCCCCGACGCCCGACGUUCUGAGAGCGCGCCGGCCCGCUGCCGCUGCGCCCACCGAGGUUACCGCGGAACGGGCCGCGGUAGCCAAGGCAGAGGGAGGCGAGGGCUGCGAAGCGACCUUCUCGAGCGUUCUGUCGGUGCGCUCCCUGCUCCAGGUGGAGGACCCCGACGUCAGCAACAGGCAACCGGACGACAGGGAAGAAGGUUCGGCGCAGUUCGUGGUGUCCAUGGUGGGCAAGAUGGCCGUGCUGCUGGUGUGCUGGUACCUGUUCCUGGUCUCCCUGGACCUGCUCAGCUCGGCCUUCAAGCUCUUCGCCGGACACCAGUCGUCCUUCCGGGGCCCCAAGAGCGACGUGAUCCGCAAUCCCGUCGUGGGCAUCAUGACGGGCUUGCUUGUCACUGUGCUCGUGCAGAGUUCGUCAUCGUCCACCUCUAUCACCAUCUCCUUGGUCGGAUCCCAGCCGUUCUUAGAAUCGUCAUCCCGAAUGGCAGUGGAGGCCCUGGACCGCAAGCACCGCCUGCUCCGGUACAACCAUCUGCGUGCGCUCACUCGGCCGCUAACCAGCUUCAUCAUUCAGCUGGAAGAAGCGAAGCCUCCACAAAGGAUGACCGCCGAGCGCAGCGACAGCAGCGGCAUCGUGAUCAACACCGUCCGCACCUGCUGCGCCUUCAACGGGAGCCGCUGCGUGAGACCCUGCCAGAACGCGCUGGCGCGGCUCCAGCUGAGCGACCAGACUGCCGGCCUGGUGCUGCUCUUCUUUUCGCUGCUGCUUCUGCUCGGCUGCCUGAGCCUGCUGGCGCGCACACUGAGCCCCGCCCUGCGACUACAGGUGGCGUUGUCUCGGGUGCCGCAGGGCCUGCUCGAGGGCUACGCCUGCCUCUGCCUGGGCCUGCUCGCCACUUUGGUGAUGCAAAGCAGCACGGCACUCAGCUCGACCCUGGCGCUGCUCGCCGCGUCGGCGGGCGACCGCAUGGCAAACCUGCAGCGCGCCUACCCGGUCCUGGUGGGCGCCAACAUCGGCACCACCAGCACGGGCCUGCUGGCCGCGCUCGCGGGCGACCCGACGCCCGAGACCCUUCAGCUGGCGCUGUGCCAUAGCUUCUUCAACGUGUACGGCGCUCUGCUGUUCUACCCGGUGCCGUUCAUGCGGUUCCCGCUGCCGCUGGCGCAACUGCUGGCUGCCACGGCCGCCCAGUACCGGUGGUUCGCCGUGGCCUACCUGUUGCUCGUGUUCCUCACGCUGCCGCUGCUCGCGCUCGUCCUAUCGUUCGCCGGCAGCACGCUGUUCAGCGCCGUGGGCGUGCCGCUACUGCUGGUCGCGCUGUUCCUGGUGGCGCUGAACACGGCCCAGCGACACCGGCCACACUGGCUGCCUCCUUUCCUGCGCUCCUGGGCCUGGCUACCACUGUGGAUGCACUCGCUGGCGCCGCUCGACGCGCUGCUCGAGGGGCACGUGCUGAGACGAUGGCGGAUACUCGACGCCUUCCUGGGACCACCACCGCUGCCCGCUGCACCCACCGCCCCCUAG